CUUCAACUGGAAUUUGAGUUUCCUCCACCCUUUCAUUAUAUUGAUUUGAGUAAUAUUUUGUCUUUUGUCACAAUGUUUUGCAGACUUGCUGAAUGUACACUUACAUAUAACUCCUGUGGAAUUGUGGCUACUGUUCUACAGUCACCAAACUCCCUGACUGAGCUGGACCUGAGUAACAAUGACCUGGGAGAUUCUGGAGUUAAGCUUCUCUCUAAUGGACUGUCUAGUCCCCACUGCAAACUGCAGGCAUUAAGUCUCUGUAAUUGUCAGAUCUCAAAUGAGGGGUAUGUUUGUCUGGCUCUCACACUGAUGUUAAACCCCUCCUGUGUGAAAGAACUGGAUGUGAGCAACAAUCAUCCAGGAGAAUCAGCACAGAAGCUGUUAUCUUCUAGACUCGAGGAUUCUCGCAGUAAAGUUGAAGCAAUUCAACUUGCUGAAUGCACACUCACAGAUAAAUCAUGUGGGAUUGUGGCUAUUGUUCUACAGUCACCAAACUCCUUGACAGAGCUUGACCUGAGUAACAAUGACCUGGGAGAUUUUGGAGUUCAGCUUCUCUCUAAUGGACUGUCUAGUCCCCACUGCAAACUACAGACAUUAAGGCUCUCUGAUUGUCUCAUCUCAGAGAAAGGUUGUAUUUGUCUGGCUUCAGCUCUGUCUUCAAACCCCUUCCACCUAAAAGAGCUGGAUCUGAGCUACAAUCAUCCCGGGGAAUCAGGACUAAAGCUGUUAUCUGCUAGACUGAAGGAUCCUGUCUGUAAACUGGAGAUUCUUAAAACUGACCAUGCUUCUGUCAGCAGAGCACGACCACGUUUGCUGAGAUAUGCCUGUGAGCUCACACUGGACUCAAACACAGCAGGCAGACAUCUCUCUCUCUCUGAGGGGAACAGAAAGGUGACAUGGGUGAGUGAGGAGCAGCUGUAUCCUCACCACACAGAGAGAUUUGAUAACAGGCUUCAGGUGUUGUGUAGAGAGGGUCUGUCUGGACGCUGCUACUGCGAAGUUGAGAGGAAUGGGGGUGGGGUUCAUAUAGCUGUGGCGUAUAAAAGCAUCAAGAGGAAAGGGGAGAGUUAUGACAGUGCACUGGGACAUAAUGACAAGUCCUGGAGUCUGUACUGCUCUCCUGACAGUUACUAUGUCUGGCACAAUAAAGUACGCACUAGAAUACGUACCCCCCUCUCCAGCACAGUAGGAGUGUACCUGGACUGGCCGGCCGGCAAUCUGUCCUUCUACAGCGUCUCCUCUGACACACUCACCCACCUGCACACGUUCCACUCCACAUUCACUGAGCCCCUCUAUCCUGGGUUUGGGCUUUAUCCCGACUCCUCAGUGUCCCUGUGCCAGAUCACAUGACCUCCCAAUGCUGCAGGAGUCACCCACUCGUAUUCACACACAUGUGUGAUGCUGCUAUGGAAAUAGUGAUAUGUGUAUUCUGUUUAUACACCACUGCUUUGAUGAUACUAUGUAUAUCUGUUGUAUAUUUUGUGCAUUUUCUGAAUUGAAGAUGUGGGUUAUAAGAAUUGUUAAGCAACAAUAUGAUGUAUUUCUGUCUCCCUAAGCUUUAGUUAUAUGCUGCAUUUUUAUCUUUAGUUAUUUGCAAGAUGGUCUGUGUAUGUGAAUAACACAUAGUUAUUGUGUAAUUUAUGUGUCAAUUUGAAACACAUAACUGACUUGGCCAUUACAUUAAUUGCAGUAGUAUAAUAAGUAAUUUUACAUUUCCACACAAUGAAUCACUGUAGCAUGCAGGUAAAUGAGUGAGGGCAGAUGUGAGUUUGUCUCCAGAGUGACUCUUCAGGCAGGUGUUGGAAUGAAAUGUGUUCAUUUCACGUUUAGAUGGAAAGCUGCUCCUGUGCUCUGUGGCUUCUCACAGAUCAUCUUCAUCUCUUCAGAGUGAUGUCAGACAUGUUUUCUCUUCAGACAUGAACUUGGAGAAAAUACGUCUCUCAUACAAGCUGUUAUCAUUUCUGUUUUAUUAUGAAAGACUGAUUGAGUGUUUUUUGCCCUUGUAUGCAGCAAAUAAUGUGUUGGCAGUCAUUUUGAUCAGCUCUUUGUGAAAUCAACAUUCUCUCUACUCUCUCUAUUAGAUCAAGUGUAAUGUGAGGAGAAAUUAAAAUGAAUGACACAAAAACCUAAAUAAACAACACAAAUGUCUUCAGACACAAACUACAUGAGGGCAUGACUUUCAUUUUCAAAUAGAGAAAAAGAACAACAUGAUGAUCAUAGAGAUGCUGCAGGUGAUUAUCCAGCAGUAU